GCAGCAACCAGGCCAACGUGCCGUCGACCUUUCGCCAUCAUCUUUCCUGACCAUCCUAUCCAGACGCCUGGCACGGCGACGCGAGCAUGAGGAUGGCGCGGGCGCCCAUGCGCCGUUAUUACUGCCCACUCGUGGCCGGAUUUCUGGUAUUCUGCGUUGUACAAUUCUAUCUUGUUGGAUACCUGCGUCCGAUGAGAAGUCAGCAGCAAGACGCACCAGCGAGCCACUCACCCGUGCAAAUCAUACCGUCAGAGAUGGGGAACUUUACAGAGACUCGGGACUUUGGCGAGAUGGCUCGCAUGGUGAGCAAGUUGGCAGAGAUUGCCGAGCAGAAUAUCAGCUCGACAUCGGAGCUUUCAGCUGCAUUGAGCACAGCGGUCACGAAUUUGUUCUCCUUUUGGAGUUCGGAGAAGAUUGAGUACUUUCCAUGGCGAAAAGACCGGGAUCCGCACGAAGAUCAGUCUACUGGAAUCGUUAUUCCGGUUGGGAAGGAUUAUGUCUACAUGGCUGCGAUCACGAUGGUAACCUUGCGAGAAAUUCUUAACAGCACUUUACCGAUCGAACUGGCCUAUCUGGGAGAGGACGACCUACCACUCGAAUGGCGAGAAUACCUCUUUGAUCUCGUAGAUGGGGUCGAUAUCGAAGCUAUAGAUCUGACCAAAUCCUUUGAUCAGAAGCUCGUUGACCUGAAAGGUUACGAUACGAAACCGUUUGCGAUAUUGGCGUCGAGGCACGCUCGUGUCAUCCUACUUGACGCAGAUGCCGUCUUUUACACCAAACCUGACGAUGCUUUCGAGACUCAUCCUUCCUUGAAAGAGUAUGGCUCUCUGUACUUCCAUGACCGCGCCAAGUAUUGGGGAGACCCGAGACGCAAACCUGUGGAAGAACGCACCAAGUGGUUGACUGCACAAUUAUCCAAAGCAGGACGUGAGCCUUCGACAUUCCUCACUCGGCAAUCAUUCUUGUGGGCGGGCGGAUUUGUGACUGAGAGCCAAGAUUCAGCCGUUGUCAUGUUUGACAAGUCUCGGCCUCGCAAUUACAUGAUGAUGCUGUUCACCGCCUGGAUGAAUGCAGCGUCUGGCGGCAAACCAGAGAUCUACAGCUAUUUCCACGGGGACAAAGAGACCUACUGGGUUGCAGGGGAGCUCACUGGUAUUCCCUUCCACUUCAAUCCGUGGUCUUCGGGCAGGGCUGGCCGUGCUCCAGAAGAGCUGAGCUAUUCGGCGGCCAUCGAUGCGGGCACACACAUAGAUUGUACUGAGCACAUGGUACACUCAACUUGGGAUGGCAAACAGCCUUGGCUCACCAAUGGUGGUAUACUUGGGAACGGGAAGGCGAUCGAAUCUGGCUUCGUCAACUGGACGCACUGGUACCUUGGAGAAACUAUUCCCGAUGCUCUCAGUCGUACUAAAGCAAAGCUCAACUUGCCACCCGACUUUGACUGGUCUACACAUGCGGAUGCUAAGGUCAAAGAAGAGUUUGCCAAAGAAGCCGUCGCUCACCAGCCCAAAUGGGAUACGUGCGACAUGAAUCACCCUGAGCGAUGGAAACCAUUGUCACAAGACUUCCGAGACACUUUGUCUGCCAUAGUUGCGCGGGCAAAGCUUCUGGCUCAGGACUAUCAGGCCCGCCGGGUCAAGAUUGAGCGCAAGAAGAAUGAGAGAAAUGCUGCGAAGGACGACAAAGCUGCUGCCAAUUCUAGACGGCGGAAGCGUGUCGAGCAAGAGGCCCAGAGGAAUUGGGUGAGCGUCUGA